UAGACCAAUGUCAAAAUGUCAAGUUAAAAUACAAAAAUUGCGGGAAAUGAAAAUGUGGUUAAUUUUUGAUAAUAAUAAUAAAAAUAUAGUAUUUUUUUAAAUAAGUUGUUUAAACUGGCGAGUUUAAAGUUUAUUUAAAUUCACAAUUGUACAUAGAUGGAGUGUCUUGAACCAGAACUACAACAAACUUACGAUAAAUGUAAAUACAUUGUUAAAGUAUGGGAAUAUAAGUUUCAGAAAAAAUACAAAAGAGUUCCUUCAAAACUAGAUAUAAAAGAAGCUAGUCGAGAUGUCCGAAAUGCUUAUAGAAAAUACUUUCAGUUAAAAACUGCUAUACUAGACCAAAGUUUCAAAGGCAUUGAGGGAUUUGACGAUUUGGAGGAGGAGGAUGAAAUAGACAGAAAUGAGAACUCUUCAAAUUUAGAAUUACAAACACAAAUACAUUCAGAUAAUAAUGAUUUUAUUUUUAUAGAACCAACUAAAGAUAAUUUGCCAACUAUAUUGGAAGAAAAUAAUACUACACCUAUUGAAAAUUUGAAUAUUUCUGAAAAAAUAUGGGGAACUCAUUUAAAUAAUGAAAAAGAUGAACAAAAGCCACAAGAACAAGGACCAAAACCAAACUUGAAUUUAAAUAUUUCAAAAAAAUUAUUCUGUGGCUCUAAAUUCACAAAAAGAAAUCCUAGAAAAUCUUUAACACUCUCGCAAAAAAAUAAAACUGAUACAGAUAAUAAAGUAACUCUUUCCCAACCAUCCCCUUCUUUUACCAGUUUUUCAUCUGAGGAAGCUAUUAAUUUGUUACAAAAUGAUAUUCUAGAUAAACCUUUUAAGACUGUAUCUCACUUUGAAGGUUCUCUUUCUCAACCCAUGAAUUUAGUUCAAACAUUUUUUGACCAUAAUCAUCCCAGGCCUUUAAAAACUGUUGAUGCAGGAUGGUUGAAAAGGGUGGCUCAAAUCACAGGAACAUCACAAGAAAAUCCAGAAUUAACUUUAACUCAACAAAGUAUUGAAGAUCAGCCGGAAUUUACAAAAUUGGACUAUGAUAGUGAUGAUAUUAUUGAAAAUUCAGACGAGGAAGAAUCUUUUAAAAGUAGUCAACCUUUACAUGUAGCUAAAAAAAGAAAAAUUGAAAAUCAGAAUGUACCUAAUAAUCUAAUCCAUGAGUCCGUAAGGAGCGUAGAAGAUAGUGUAAAACCCAGUGAUGUUAAAGAAGAUAAUCAAAUUAGUUUAAAAGUAAUUAAUGAAGUUGGCAAAGAAGAUUUUAAAGAAUUAGUAUUAGAAGAUAAAACUAAGUCUUUGAAUGAAGACCUGGUAGAUGUACCAGAAACUGGUGAAGACUGUUUAAAUGAAAAAUUAAAAGACACAUUAAAAGAUAAAAAAUAUAAGAUUACGAAUGCUGCAACUAAAAACACCCCAAGGAAAACUACAACUAGAAAAUCACCUAAAACGAAUGUAUUACUUCAAGACACUGCAAAAAAUAAACCAGCUGAAGAAACUUCUAAUACAUUUGAUCCAGUCAAAAGAAUGAACAAAACUAAAAGAACACCUAAAAAAAGUAAAGAACCAAAAACACCUAAAAAAAGUAAAGAACCAAAGACACCUAAAAAAAGUAAAGAACCGAAGACACCUAAAAAAAGUAAAGAACCAAAGACACCAAAAAAUACCAAACCCAGUCCAUCACAAAUAUCUGAGAGAAGAUCCUCUAGAAAGACAAAAGUUAAAGUGAACCUAAAAGAAUUUUCUAGCGAUGAAGAGUUGUUUUACACAGACACAGAUGAACGGGAUCCAGAAUUUACAUUAACUGAUAAUAAAAAAAAACAAAAUGAGCCGUUUACUUCAGAUGAGGAAAGUACCCCUAAAAAGAGCCCCAAAGUUACUAAAAAAAGAACUUUAAAGUCUACUGGUAAGAAAAGAGUAAAGAAAAUCCAGGAAAUUGAUGAUACUGAAGAAGAUACUCAACCAUAUGAUUUAGAAUUUUCUGUUAAGCCUCGCAUUGUUGCACCCAGAUUUGGAAAUGUAAAAGAGGUUUUAAGAAAAAAUAAAAAUCAAACAAAAAUGAAAGAAUCUGUUGCAGCAGAUAGUGAAAAUUCUGAUGAAAAAGCUUUAAUUAAAGACAGAAGACAGCAAGCCAGAGACAAAUUAGAGAAAAAAAUAACCUCUGGUAGUUUAAAUGACAAUUUUGUACGUAUCGACAUCAGGAAAAAGGUUUUUGUAAGGGGCAAAAUCGGGAAAAAUUUCAGUAAAUACAAAAAGUCCCAGUGGAAAAAAGCAAAAGCUCUUACCGGUCCCGACAUGGACAUGGGUGGAUGUGACGGUGGUAUGUUGUCUUGUUUCAAUUGUGGACAAGUGGGACAUUUUGCUCGAUACUGCCCAGCUAAGAAGGGAGAUAAUCUAUUAGCUCUGAAUGCUGCUGACGAAGAAGAAGAGUGUGCAUUUCCAACAUUAGAAGAAGCAUCAAAAAUGGCGGAAGAGGGAAAUUUAAAUGUUCGAAAACCAAAAGUAGCUCUAAAAGAAAUUCAGAAUUCCGAAUCCAAUGAUGUUAUUAAUGAUAAUGAAGAAACUGAUGACUUAUUCGAUGAUGACAUUGAUUCAGAACAAUUAUUAUUAGAAACUUUAAAGCUUGAGGAAUAUAUUAAAAAGUUAGAUGUUCAGAUGUAUAUAGAUAAUGUCAAAGUAGUUGAACCAUAUUAUAAGCUAAAUGAAGAUAACAGUCUUAUUGAGACGCCUCAGGAGGUUUUUGAAGUCUUGGAAAAAUUCGGUCAUUCUUCAUUUCGUCCUGGUCAGGAACAAGCUAUAAUGCGAAUUCUGUCAGGAAAAUCAACUCUGGUAACUUUAAGUACAGGUUCAGGUAAAAGUUUAUGCUACCAACUACCAGCUUAUCUAUAUUCUCAAAGAGAACCUUGCAUUUCCUUGAUUAUUUCUCCAUUAGUGUCUUUAAUGGACGAUCAAGUUUUGGGCAUUGCAAAGUUUUUAAAAGCAGCUUGUCUUCAUUCCAAUCAAACUUCUGCUCAGAGGAAGAAAAUUUUAGAAGCAAUUUCCCUAGGAGAACUAAGUGUUCUGCUGGUAUCACCUGAAGCAGUUGUGUCAGGAGAAAAGCAAAGAGGAUUUAGUUCAUUUCUGAGAAAACUGCCGCCUAUAGCGUUUGCUUGCAUCGACGAGGCCCACUGUGUGUCACAAUGGUCUCACAAUUUCCGACCUAGCUAUCUUAUGAUCUGUAGAGUGUUGAGAGAUAGCUUGGGUAUAAAAACCAUUUUGGGAUUAACAGCUACAGCUACAAAAGCCACUCAAUCAAGCAUCAUAAAACAUUUACAAAUACCCGAUGGGGAAGAGGGUGUUAUAAGUGACAUUCCUCUACCAGAUAACUUACAAUUGUCAGUAUCUAAAGAACCUAUUAGGGACCAUGCGCUACUAAAUCUGCUAUUAUCUGAUAGGUUUAAAGAGUGUAAUAGUAUCAUAGUUUACUGUACCAGAAGGCAGGAAUGUGAGAGAAUAGCUGGAUUUUUACGAACUAGUCUAAAAUAUGAACAACCUGUAAAGGAGACCAACAAGAAACGCAAAAGAGUGCAUCUACAAGCGGAGCCUUACCAUGCUGGUCUAGCGGCCAGUCGAAGAAGAACAAUUCAAAAUGCAUUUAUGUCUGGGGAAUUGAAAAUUGUUGUAGCUACGGUCGCCUUUGGUAUGGGAAUUAAUAAGUCCGAUAUUAGAUCCGUUAUACAUUAUAAUAUGCCCAGCAGUUUUGAAAGUUAUGUUCAGGAAGUUGGUAGAGCUGGUAGAGAUGGUUUAAAUGCUCAUUGUCACGUAUUUUUAGAUUCACUGGGACGUGAUGAAAAUGAACUUCGCCGACACAUUCAUUCUAACUCGAUUGAUCGUCAUGUUAUUAGAAAAUUGCUGGAAAAAGUUUUCAUACCUUGUUCUUGUAAAGAACAGUGUCUUAAGCACGAAGUUGCGUUUUCUAUUGAAUCGACCGUUAGAGCUUUGGAUAUACCAGAAGAAAAUAUUUCAACGCUUCUCUGUUAUUUAGAAUUACAUGAAAAUAAAUAUAUAGAGUUGUUGAGUCCAGGAUAUACUAAAUGUAAAGUCGUUUCGUAUUGCGGACCUAUGCAAAUCAGGAAGAUGGCAAAGGAAUGUCCACCUUUAGCCAUGGCCUUAGCCUUACACAAAAACGAAGAAACUAAAGAUGCAAAUAUUUUGGAAUUUCCCGUAGUAGAUGUCGCUGCUGCCAUGGGCUGGGAAAGUGGUAUUUGUAAAUUUAAGUUGAAAAAUUUGGAAUGGACCACAGUAAAUGGACAACAAAAGAGAUCACCCUUAAACAUACAAUUCUUCGAUUUGGGCUUCAGACUACUGGCGCCGGGAAAUCUAUCGGGCGAUCAAUUGGACGAUGCUUUAGAUUCUUUAUACAAUCGAGUUGUAGAACAGGGAAAAACAGCUUUACUACAACUAAACGCAAUACAUCAAACUCUCAGCCAGGUCGCUAAAGCUUCUUUCCAAACUUCUUCAUCAACAGAAAGUGAUCAACUCGUAAAAUCCAGAGUUAGAGAGUAUUUCAACUCACCUAACCCAUUAAAGUUGGUAUCAGAAAUAGAGUAUCCUAAGUUCAGCGAAGAACAGCUUAUUUCUGAUAUUCGAGCACUUAUUUUAAUGUAUAGGGACAAUACUUUCACAGCUAGAGCGGUCGCUAGGAUAUUUCAGGGCAUACCGAGUCCUAACUACCCUGCAGUCGUUUGGGGACGGUGUAAAUUUUGGAGAAGUCAUUUGGAUAAAGAUUUUCACGUUAUUGUUCGAACUGCUACAAAGGAAAUAAUUAAAUUGAGGUAAGAUAGUUCGGUAAAAAAAUGUUUCUAAAGCACGGGAAAAAUUCUUCUUUUUAAAUGUCAGUUUGGAUUUAAUUCCGAACCCUGCGUAGUUAUCACGUCGUUGAUGGCCUAUUUUAGAAACAUUUUUUAUGCAUCAUUCUUUCUUUUAACUUGAUUAUUAAUUUGUAGAUUUUAAUAUUAUUUUUUUUUAAUUAUACUUGCAAAUAUUUUAAUAAAUUAUUAAACAUUUUAGUAA